GAAGGCAAAGUUUAUUCAUUAAUGUAUUAUUUCAAAAUUACUCAUGUGACAUGAUGCAGUUCCUUAUUUGCAGCUCAGAACUUCCCUGUAUCUGUUGGGUCUUAAAAACUGAAAAGGAUUGGUUAAUCUCCUUCAGUGCCGAACAGUUUUCUUACAACUCACAGAUUUGUUCUUCAGCAUCAAUUUGAGGUGAAGGGGAGAAGGGAGUGAAACAUUUGGCCAUGGCUGUCUACCUACUCCUGAUUUUUCUCUUUUCCUUUAGCACAUCUCUUCAAAUGUCUGAUAGUGGAAUAUUUUCAAUCUAUAAUGAAGACAGCAAGCUCUGUGCCCAAGCUCAAAACUCCAGCUCGGUCAUAACUACCUCUUGUGAUCAGCACAACGAGUUUCAGAAGUUCCGCUGGGUCUCGGCCACGCAGCUGCUGAGCGUGGCACUCAAGCUGUGCCUGGGAGUGCUCUCUAAGGCGGAUGAGGCUGCCAUCGUGUUGGAACCCUGUAACAAGACAAAGGAGCUUCAGUGGUGGGAAUGUAAAGAUGAGAUGCUUGCAACCCAUGGCAAGGAAUUAUUUCUCAGCUAUGGCAAAGGGAAGGGGAAGAAAGUCAAGUUGUCCAAAUUAUCGGACAAAGGGAGCAGGUGGAAAAUCCAUGGAACUGCAGACAACGUGUGCUCCCAGCGCUAUGAGGAUAUCUAUACACUGGGAGGAAAUGCCUUUGGUGCACCUUGCGUGUUCCCUUUUAAACUCAAUGGUAAAUGGUAUGCUGAGUGCAUCCCUCGGAGUGACAAUCCAGGAUCUCUCUGGUGUGCAACUUCUUCAGAUUUUGAUAAAGACCAACUUUUUGGAAAAUGUCCCCUAAAAGACACCAUCCACAAUGACCUCUGGAAGACAAAUCCUGUGACAGAAACUCACUAUCAGAUAAACUCAGAGUCUCUUUUGACAUGGCACCAAGCAAGAAAAAGCUGCCAGCAGCAGAAUGCAGAAUUAUUAAGUGUCACAGACCUUCAUGAAGAAAUGUUUUUAUUAGGACUCACUAGUGACCUGGGUAUCAAUGCGAAGCUCUGGACUGGUCUGUUCAGUCCACUUGACAGUGGCUGGCAGUGGAUUGGGGGCAGACCUUUCAGAUACCUAAACUGGGCUCCAGGAAAUCCCUCUGUGGAAUCUGGAAAAAUAUGUGGAACCUUCCAAGGUAGGAAUGGCAAAUGGGAAAACCAGGCCUGUGAUAGGAAACUGGGAUAUAUCUGCCAAAAGAGAAACUCUUCCUCAGAUUCCUCAACUGUUGCCUCAGGUGACUUAAAGCCUUUUAAGUGCCCCAGGGAAUGGGUAGCCUAUGCAGGCCAUUGCUAUAGAAUUUACAGAACACCCAAAAUAUGGAAAGCAGCCCAGUCUUCAUGUAGAAAAGAAGAUGGAGAGCUGGCGAGUAUCCAUAAUAUUGAGGAGUACAGUUUUACAGUGUCUCAGCUUGGGUACAAGCCAGAUGAUGAACUGUGGAUUGGUCUAAACGACUUCAGGGCUCAAAUGUAUUUUGAAUGGAGUGAUGGAACACCUGUGACUUACACCAAGUGGCAUCACGGAGAGCCAACCCACACACAGAAUAAGGCAGACUGCAUUGUUAUGAAGGGAGAGGAUGGAUCCUGGGCUGAUAGUUCUUGUGAAACAAAACUUGGUUACAUCUGUAAAAGGAAACCUUUGGAAGAAGAAUCAGGGGAAGCUGAGGUUACUUAUCCAGGCUGCCAGAAAGGCUGGGUGAAGCAUGGCUUUUACUGCUACUCCGUGGUGCAGCUACCAGAAAUGUUUUCAGAUGCAAAAAAAAUCUGCGAAGAAAGCAAAGGUUACCUGGCUACGGUGACAGACAGAUAUGAACAAGCUUUCUUGACUUCUGUAAUUGGAUUCAAUCCAGCAAAGUAUUUCUGGAUUGGUCUCUCAGACACAGAGGAAGAAGGGAUGUUCAAGUGGGCCUCUGGGGAUGCAGUCACCUUUACUCACUGGAACGCAGGAAUGCCUGGAAAGAAAUCAGGCUGUGUGGCCAUGACAACAGGAACUUCAGCUGGAUUAUGGGAUAUUUUGAACUGUGAAGAAAAAAACAUGUUUCUCUGCAAGCAGCUGGUGGAGGGAGUGACCCCCCCUCCUCCUCCAACGACGACCCCUCCCCCAUCGUGCCCAGAGGGAUGGCAAUCCACUACUCACAGCAGCUUCUGCUUCAAAAUUUUUCAGGAAGGAAGGGAGAAAAUGCAAACAUGGUUUGGUGCAAGAGAUUUUUGCAGAGCUAUUGGAGGAGAUUUGGCAUGUAUCCACAGUGAAGAAGAACAAAACCUAAUGGUUGACUUAAGGGAGAAUUAUCAUCACUCAUCUUACUGGAUGGGUUUAAGUGCCUUAGAAUCUGACGGUGGAUUUGUAUGGAGUGAUGGCUCACCAGUAAAUUUUGAAAAAUGGGCAAAUGGAGAACCGAACAAUUAUGAUGGUAACGAAAAAUGUGGCGUGUUUAGUAAUUACAAUUAUAUGAUGUGGAAUGAUUUAUUUUGUGAAUAUAUGCAGGACUAUGUCUGCCAAAUAAAAAAAGGAGCAUCGCUGAAGCCAGAGCCUAAUUCUACAUUCAAGUAUGAGUAUGUUGUUAGUGAAGAUGACUGGAUAAUAUAUAAGCACAAGGAAUACUACUUCAGCAAGGAGCGCGUGCCUAUGGAAAAAGCCAGAGACUUUUGCAAGAAGCAUGGUGGUGACCUUGCUGUCAUUGAGAGUGAAAGUGAAAAAAAUUUUGUUUGGAAAUAUGCUUUCUACAAGGACUGGGGAAAUGGCUUCUAUAUUGGCUUAAGUGUGAGCCUUGAUAAGACAUUCCAGUGGAUGGAUGGAACUCCAGUGAACUAUGUUGCCUGGGCUCCAAAUGAACCCAAUUUUGCAAAUAAUGAUGAGAACUGUGUGAUCAUGUAUACCCAAACAGGUACAUGGAAUGAUCUCAACUGCGGCAGUCUUGAGCUAUUCAUCUGUGAAAGGCUUAACUAUACUGUUCGUCCAACUGUUGCUCCCACUUCACCACCACCAAUUGGUGGGUGUGCAGAAGGCUGGCUCCUCUUUGAUAACAAGUGUUUCAAAGUAUUUGGCCUUAAUGAAAGUGAUACAUUGACAUGGCACGCUGCAAGGAACAGUUGUAUUAAAUUUGGAGGAAAUCUGGCUACUAUACCAAGAAAAGAAAUGCAAGCUUCUCUCAUGUCCCUCUUAAAAAAUGCUGCAACAGAUGCUUGGAUUGGACUGAAUGACAUAAAUCAGGAGCACAAAUACUUAUGGACAGAUGGAAGCCCAGUUUACUACACAAAUUGGGCAAAAGAUUCUCGAAGUUAUUACAGUAAGGUUGACUGUGUCUUUAUGAAAAAGAACCCUAUUGAACAAGCAGGGAAAUGGAAGGAUGAAGAAUGUAAAGAAAGCAAAAGUUACAUAUGCCAGAAAAAUUCUGACCCCAAACUGCAAAACUCUCAACCCGUAAUUCCGAUGUUUGGCUUUAACAAGUAUGGUGAUGACCACUAUGCAGUCAUCAACUACAAAAUGAGCUGGGAAGAAGCAGAGAAGAACUGCCAAGAGCAGCUUGCAGAGCUCGCCAGUGUUUUGGAUCCUUAUGUUGAUUCUUACCUGUGGUUACAAAUAGUAAAGCAUGGGGAGCCUGCCUGGAUUGGUUUUAACAGCAGGAUGACUCAUGGCCAUUACAAAUGGUCAGAUAGACAGAGAAGCAGAUACCAUAACUGGGCCAGUGGAGAACCAAAUAAGAACACAGCCUGUGUCUAUAUAGAUUUGGAUGGGUUUUGGAAGACAGCAUCUUGCAACGAAACAUUUUACUCUCUCUGUAAACAAUCUGAUGAGGUAAUCCCCAGUGAGCCACCACAGCUUCCUGGCACUUGUCCUGAACCAAAACGUGGUAGAUCUUGGGUUCCCUUUCGUGGUCACUGCUACUAUGUUCACACCACUUCUGAGGAAAGCUGGCCAGAUGCUUCCAUGGUGUGUAUUCAAAUGGGUGCUUCUCUGGUUUCCAUAGAAGAUUCAGCUGAGCUGAACUUUCUCUUAUAUUAUUUGUCUCCACUUGGAAAUGAAUUCAGGAAGUUUUGGAUAGGAUUGUUCAAAAAUAUUGAAGGGGAAUGGCUAUGGACAGACAGAACUGCAGUAGAAUUUGUCAACUGGGAGGAAGGACAGCCUAAAGCAAUUUUUGAUGAACACUGUGUUUAUAUGGAUAUCUCAAGUGGAACCUGGAGGAACUAUUACUGCUCUGUUGACCACAAUUUUAUUUGCAAAAUCCCCAAAAUUGCUGAAGUUGAGCCAACCCAUGAGUCACAUGCCUAUAAUGCAUCAAAACAUGAAGCUGCUGCUUCAUCUGCAAACAGUUUAGGUGGGAUGAUUGUUAUACUGAUCUUCUUUCUGCUAACAGGAACUGGUCUUACAUUCUAUUUCUUCUAUAAAAAAAGACGUGAUCAGCAAACAGUUACGCCCAGCUUUGACAAUGCCAUAUACCGUGGUGAUGCUGAUCCUGGAACCCAUGAGUCAAAUUGUCUUGUGACCAAUAUUGAAAUAAAUGAGCAGGCAACAGUUUAAUAAGCAGAAUAACCUUGGUCCUGACUUUGAAAGGAAUUAGUGUUGAAAUACAAGAAUUCUUAAGGCAAAAUAACUAUCUCCGAAGCAAAUUCUAGUUCAUUUUGCACAGGAUGCUUCAUGCUUUCUGUACUAGUAGGAGUAAGAAAUCUUGCAAAGCAGAUCCAGAGAUCCGCACACAAACAAUUGUAUCUGGGAGAACUGUUGAGCAUACACACCUACCUGGAGUUAAGCUCCAUGAGUGAACAUGCUGGCAGUUCCAGUCUCUGUAAAGGUCCAACAGCACUUUAGGCACAGGAAGAACCAUGCUUACCACAGGCAACUGUGCCAAUAAGCUCCUUAGCAUAUUCCAGAAAGGACAUCCAGAUCUGUAGGAAUUCUGAAAAUGUCACCCUUGAUGUCCAGAGCAGACUAGCAGAAUUGCACAGAUUUGACAGGACAUCCAAGCUCACCUGAUGAAGGCUCCUGCUCGAAGUAGGACCAGCUCUCUGCCUCAGCCAGGCAGCCUGCUCUAGUGCUGGGAGUCCACAUCUUUCUUUUGCUUCUGAGGUACCCACAAAAACCCUUCGUGUUGCCUGUAACAUCUGAUUUAACACAUUUUCCUCCUCUGUGUAUGACCGAAAGGAAAGUGUAAAUUGUUUUUCUUCUGCUAUAAUUCUGUAACAUAAGCAUAGAAAGAACAACUAUAAUAUGAGGUUUGAAAGUGUUGUGAAUACAAAUAUUCUGUUGUUUAAAUAAUAAAAUAGUGAUCUCAAAGUGUUCUGGAAAAGGGGGACAGGAGAAUAGGCAGGAUGAAUUAAACUUUAUACCUGAAAAAUUUACAUACUUUUUUUCUGGAAAUUUCCAAUACCAGCAAAGAUUUUUUCCUUUUUUUAGGCCAUUUAUUCAAAGCCUAAAAAAACUUAAGAUUAGAAAGUCUUUUCUGAAGUUUAACCAAAUUCCCCCUUCUAAGUCUGUUUUAAUCCUUUGAGUAUCAUUCCAGAAUUGCAUCAUGACCAAGGUGAUAGUGUUGCAUGUCAUAUUGGACUGCUGAUAUAUCUUCUGUGUUCAGAAACCCUGAAAAUAUCCAGUUGGUUCACAGGCAGUUUUAUUUUUAUGUGCCUUUUUUUUUUUUUCACUUUUCCAGUAUAUUUUGUCAAAUGUGAACAAUGAAAUGACUCAAAGCUCUAGUCUAGAGAAGACCUCUAUUUAAUUUGAUAUAUUUUUAUGUUUUAAUCUUCUGACAUAUUUUAAUUGUGUUUAAGUUAAAAUAUUUUGUGUGUGUAUGCAAUACACGUAAAUAAGUUUUUAUUCUACUUUGCUUCCCUUUGGGAAUUAAAAGGCUGGUUCUAAAUGAAAGUUUGUGUGUCUUUAUAAACACAAGAGAGAAGAGAAGGCUCCAGAGAGACCCUGCUGUGUCCUUUCAAAACUAAAAAAAGGGGCUUACAGGAAAGGCAGGGACAAAUACUUUAACAGGGCCUGUUGUGAUAGAACAAGGGGCAAUGGUUUUAAGUUAAAAGAGGGUAGAUUUGGACUAGAUACAAAAAAGAAAUGUUUUACAAUGAGGGUGGUGAAACACUGCAACAGGUUGCCCAGAGAGGUGGUAGGUGCC